CUCCAACCAUCCCUCGUCGCGACAGGCAGCCUCCCACGCGGCACAGCGACAAGUUCACACAAAGCGACCGUGCAUCUCAACCAUUAUAUUUAAUACGACAAGCUCCAUUUGCGUUGCUAGCACAAUCGCUCACCAUGUCUUCCGUCGGUCGAUGGCGUGAGGAGCAGAUUCUCAUCGUCUGCCCCGGCAGCAAGACUACCCUUGCGCAGAUUGGAUGCAGCGAAUUGACACUCCCAACCCAUCGCCUACCUACGCGAAUGUUUAAGGACGGCGAUGAAUGGCGACCAUACCACACGUAUCUGCGCAAGAAGGUCGUUGGCGGCGUAGAGCAGGAGGAAUGGGUCGAAGAUGUUGACUCGGACGAGGGCGCCGUUUACCCUAUCAAAGGUGGCCACAUUGUCGAGAUGGAGGCUUUUCUCGCGUUCCUCGACCACGUUCACGGACUCCUGACCACGACCUACCACAACACCCCCAUCAUGCUCAUGGCUUCUCCUCAAUGGACACGGCCCGACUGCGAAACUAUUGCUCGUUAUAUCUUUGAGAAAACGCGAACUCCUGCGCUUUGCCUCCUCCACAGCGCUCUCGCGACGCAAUAUGGUCUGAAAUGGCCCAGCAUGACAGUUGUCGAUAUUGGCUACGAAAAGGUCGACGUGACGGCUAUCCACGACGGUCGUGUUGUUAACCACAUGGAUGUUGGCGCAUCUGAAGAUGGUGAGCAGAUUAGCGGCGGUGAAGCGUUUACGCAGCGCCUAAUGCAGCUUCUUAAGGCCAAGACAUUCAACCACGACAUGGCUGAGCAGCUCAAACACAGCAACAUCUGCGAAGUUUUGCCUUACGCCGCAAAUGCUGAGAACCUCGUUGAGCUACCCAUCGAGGUAACGCAAGGUGCCCCAGCGUCGGGUGCAAACUCUGCGCCUGCUGCCGAUACCGUUAUGCAAGAUGCAUCCAAGAUCUCCGCAUCUAGUGCUGCACUUGAUAACGGAGGCACAGAGACUCCAGCCGAGAAGGAAGAUGACGGUGUUCUUGAUGUUGCCGCUAUUGUCACAAGUGGCCAGACAAAGGAGUUCCUGGCCAAGAAGGAGCAAGAAAAAGCGCAGCAGAAGGAAAAGGGCAAGCCUGGCCGAAAACCAAAGGUUCAAGAGGAGGCUGCACCUGCUCGCCCCGUCCGACUUCCCAACUCCAAGAGAACACACAACACAUUCUUCUACGAAGAGAUUAUUCAGGAAGAGGUCCCUCCCGAGCCUAAAGAGAAGCACGUUCCCGCUGAGCCCGUAAACGGUGCAGCUGAAGUCUCACAGACACAACCCGAAGCUACAACAGAGCCUGCCCAGGCGUCAACUGAGGAUUCCGUGAUGCAGACUGGAGAUGCGCCAGCUCCUGCUGAGGGCACAAACGCAGAAAGCGGCGCCCAAGAUUCGACUACGGCCCCCAAGGAGGAGGUCAAGGAAGAAGUCAAAGAGGAGCCCAAAGAGGAGCGUAAGGCAGCCCCGGCGGAAGUCGAAGCCCCUCCUACUGAAGCUGACCCGAACGCGCUUCCAGAUACACCUGAAUACCGUGCUAAGCGAGUGCGUCGCGACAUCGAGGUCGGCCUCGAGCGUUUCACCUUUGCUGAUCGACAUGAAAUUGACCGCAUCGUCAGCGCCAUUUACAAGACGGUCCAGGGUGUUGAUGACAUGUACAUGCGACCUGCCUGCUGGGACAACCUCGUAUUCGUCGGCAACGGAUCUCGCCUACGCGGCCUGAAGGACAAUAUCUUGCAGACACUUAACGCUCGCCACCUCAUCUCCCCGUCUACCGCCACCAUGUUCACGUCGGAGCUCCCGUCCAACAUGGCGACGCCGAGCGGCACUGGCUCUCAAACUCCCGUUGGCGCAUUCAACGGCGUUCCUCAUCAGCUCUCUGCAAGUGGCGUGAACCCUCUGUUGCAAGCAGCCACUACAGCCAACACUUUUGGUGCUGGUGUUUUGGCCACGCCACAGGCCGGCUCCGACGCUGCUGGACCUACUGGUCAUCACUUCCACAGUCAGACUCCCACUUCUAUCAAGACAGUCACUAUACCGUCGUACCUGAGCGAGUGGUCGAAACACGGCUUUGAAGAGUCCAUGUUUCUGGGUGCGCAAGUUGCAGCCCGCAUUGCAUUCUGCUUGCACAGCAACUUGGAUGCACAGGCUAUCGAGGCUCAGCGCCAAAUGAGUCUUAGCAGAGUAGACUACAACGAAUUGGGCCCCAAGGGCAUCAGAAGCCACUCUAUGCUGGGCUAAGUCUACUGUCUUAGAUUCUGGGGACAGGCAACGCUGCUUCAUGACGAUCAUGGAGUUGUAUGAUGGCUACGUACAGAGUAUACAGAAAGACAAAAAGGUAUGAGAAAUACCGGUAGAUGUGGCUAGUUGCCCAAGCUGUGUAUUUUGUUGGUGUUGGCCAAUCGGAGUUGGGAUUUGAUUUGAUAGUAAGGCAACCGUGUAAUCAAUCGUAUUUAAGCGACCUAUCUACUCUUACUAAAUGUGAUAUCUACAAGCUGCAUAAACAUAAACCGACUAACAGUGCCCACUUUAUGAGAGAGUUAAGGAUGUUGUGAAAGAAAGAAGAGAUAAAAUAUGCAAUUGUUUCAAACCAUUAUAUAUAAAAAGGGCAUGCCACAUUACAAGGACCGCCAAUGGCGAUGCGGCCGGAAUAAACUCCGCUCUAUCUGAACUAACCAGCUUGGUUUCGGUGAGCAGCCUCACGUGAAGCGUGGUGCCAGUCUGUUCGUAUCAAGUAAAUGUAUUCGAAAACGGCAACACAGAUGAGACCCACGGCCACACCAACCCAGAGUCCAUCUAGCUUCCAGCCCAGCCAGAAUGCCAUGGCCAGCGAGAUUGGGAGCGAAAUGACGUAGUAAGCUAUGAGGUUCACCGGGCCACCAAUGGCCUGUCGGCCAAUGCCACGGAGCAGGCCGUGAGCACUAGCUGCAAGACCAUCGAAUAUUUGCACGCCGGCGAGUGUAGGCAGUACCUUUGCAACAAUAGCAAUGACCUCGGGGUCGUUUGUGAAGAGGAGAGGAAGAUGGAAUCGGAGCGAGCUGAAGACGGCAAAAUUCACCAAGCCCACUAUGAUGGACAUGUAAAAAGUCUAGAAAGAAUAAAAGUCAGUUUACCCGAGACGUUGCGGUUGCGUUGCUGUGAGAAUAAACUUACGACUUUGGACGACGUAAUAGCUGCAUCCACAAGGCUGGCGCCGAUGAGGUUGGCAACACGCGUAGACGAAGCGAUCGAGGUAGCAAAUGGGAUCUGGUAGGUGAUAGUACCCAGAGUAGUGAGCACGCUCUGCGCUGCCAAGUACGAAGAGCCAAAGCGACUGGCUAAGAGGGUCAUGAUUUCAAAGGCAAGCCAUUCUGCUUCAACCAUAAUCAUUCCAGGGAGUGCCAGUUUAAUCAUGAUGCCCCAGUUCGUGAAUGCUCGCUUACUGAAGCCACCCCAGCAUUGGCGGCCAUCAAUGAGGACAACAUAGAGGAAGAGAAGGAUGGGCAGAAGACUCUCCGUGAAGGCCACUGCAAUGGGUGCGCCAAUAAAGCCUAGCUUUAGGUGCCAAACCAAGAACCAGCUGACAAAGAUGUUGAUCGGGGCGGCAAUGAUGAGAACGUAGGUUGUGGCAUUGAAGAGCCCUUGUGCUUGUGUAAAUCGUUUACCGCAUUCGAAGAGAAUCAUGCCCGGAAUGCUGGGAAUCAUGAUUUUCAGAUACAGGCCUGCAAGACGGGCAGUCUCUGCAUCGGGCACGACGCGAAGUAAAAUCGACUCGGAGAAGCACCAAAUCAAGAUAACUGGUCCGGAUAGCAUCAAGAGGAAUGCAGCCAUGCGCUGACACUGGAGUCCAACGAGAUGUUUGUGACCGGAGCCAAACGCCUGAGCGCAGAGCGUGUCGAGACUUGUAGCGAGGCCCUGAAAGGGUGCGAGACAGGUGAUGCCCUGAGACAUGUUUGCCA